AUGAGAUUAAAAGACUAUCCAAACAUUAAAAAUGUACUCUACCUCUCAGUCUGCUUCUUUGUUUUAUUUUUUACAUAUGCAGCCUCUGCAAAUGUAGCAUCAAAAGCUCUAAAAGAGUGUGGAUUCAAUAAUCUUGGGUACUAUAGUUUAUCAACUGUGUUCAUGGUUUUUGGACUGGGUUCGUUCUUCUCCUCGAAUAUAUAUUUAUCAUACAAUCUUGUUGUUGGGUUUGUGAUCUUCUGCAGUAUAUUAAUUGGAUUUGCAGCCUCUAUUUUAUGGGUUGCUCAAGGAAAAUAUUUAUCCGAUUGUUCGCUGGUUUGCUAAGAUAAAAAGGGAAGAUAUCAAGGUUUAUUCUGGACUUUCAUGUUCAUUUCAUUCUUUUUAUCCAGUAUUGUAAGUGCCUUUAUACUUGGAUACUUUCCGUAGCAGUAUCUCUUCUUUUUAUGCACUGUUAUUGCUAUGAUCUCGACUGUAAUGCUUCAUUCCUUGCCGGAUAUUGAACAACUGCCAUAAGACCAUUAAACAUAAAUUAAUCAGCAGAGAGAUGGAUCUAAACUAAUUAAAUUGAUGUUUGAUAGAAGAAUGAUAAAGACCUAUGGUAUUUCUUUAUCAACAGCUUUAUCAUUAUCAAUUAGACAAACUGGCCUUUACCCACUUAUAUCAUCUUCUUUACAAGAUUACUCGGUAUAUGACUAAUUCAAGUAUGCUUCAUUUGCUUAGGCUAUGUGUGGAAUUGGAUAACUUUUAGGCAGCACAGGAUUUGCAUUUAUUAAUGAUAAAUUUGAAGGAGGAAAAUCAGUAUCUCAAUUUAGUAUACAUUGGUAUUCUAAUAACAUCUAUGCUGGCAACAAUAGAUGA